GACACGCCCACCAUAUAUAAAUAUAUAUAUUUAUUAGAACCGCUUUUUGAUUAAGUUUUACUCUGUAGUGUUAAAGUGGAUGAUAAGAUACACCAUAGAGUACAAUGAACAAGUUUUUAAUUUUGUCUACAUUGGUAGCGCUGGUUUCUGCUGUUUCUAAAGACGAAUGCCAUGGCGCAGAAAAAUGUUUGCUUACUGUAGAGGAUCAAAAUAUCAGCGAGUGUGUGGACAAAUUAUCAGUGAAGACUGUAGAUUGUGCGACGUACUUCUGUGACAACGAUCUCUCAAUAAAAAUUACAGAAAUAAAAUGUAAAUACGAGGGCCAAUGUGUAAGUGAUGGAGUUGUAAGGAAAAACACAACAACAUGUGCAACAUUCAAAUGCAAAACAAGUUCAAAUGUUGUAGGCGACGUGACACAUUACAAAUCUUCAAUGGUGAUCAUUAAAAGAGAAUGUCCAAAUCCCCGGUUUCUUUAUGAACCAGAUGCAAACGACUACUUUUGUAUCGGGGUUGGUAGAUAUAGAAGAGACCGUGAGAUAUGUGUACAGUAUGACUGUCUUAGUAUGACAGAUGCCGCUGGUACUGUUACUGGAAUGAAGGUCGAAGCGAAGCAUUAUGGAUGUGUUAAUCCAAGACGAGGCGAACCCAACCAGUAUAUGUGUAUUAAUGAAAAUGUAUACAGAAGGACAUUCAGUAACUGCCAGAAGCAUACAUGCAUUGCUGACGAACAAGAAGGAAAGAAAAUCUUAAAACUAAAAACAGAAGUGUAUGGGUGUCUACAUAAUGACACAUGUGUCUUAGAUGGUGCUAAGAUCGAUGGUGAACAGGAGUGUACAGUAAAACAAUGCAAUGUUAAACAACUGAACGCAACGCAUUUCUCGAAUUCAUUUGACAUGGCCGAAAUCAAAUGUCCACAUGAAGACACAUGCGUCUUAGAUGGUGUAAAGAUUGAUGAUGAAGAGAAGUGUACAGUACUACAAUGCAAUGCUAAACAAAUAAACGCAACGCAUUACUCGAACUCGUUUGGCACAGUCGAAGCCAAAUGUCGGCAUGGAGACACAUGCGUCUUAGAUGGUGCUAAGAUCGCUGGUGAAAAGAAGUGUACAGUGCAACAAUGCAAUGUUCAAAAAGUAAACGGAAUGUUUCACACGUCGUUUGAAUUAGUUGAACUCAAAUGUGAAGACAUGAAUGGAGAUUGUCAUGGUGAUCAAGAGACCUUACCAUAUCAGAUAAAAGAUAAGGUUUACAACUGCAAAUGUAAUAUCAGUUUUGCGGACAAGACAAUUAGCUACACUGAGUGUAGGCCUAUGUCCUAAUCAUGAUAAUACCAAUACAGCAGGACAAUUAUGUUUCAGAAAAUAAAACCUGCUGCAAAAUAAUGA